CUGAAAAAGAGCACUAGGACCCAGCGUUCGUCUGUGCUUGAGCACAUAGAUGGCACAAAAGAACUUCGUUUGAUAUCUACAACUUCUCUUCCUCUCGCAAGUUUCGAAGCGCAAGCAAUUGCUUAUUCACCAAGUAACUCCAUGGUGGCUCAGAUUAUUACGAUUCCAGACGGAAAGGAAAAGAAGCAAUAUCUGAGGGUCUUUGAUCAAAAUGAGCACGUGGAGGUUUUAUGUUCUGAUCUGAGUGGUCAAAAGAAGCAUGGAAUCAUAUAUGGAGGAGGCUCAGCUCCCUUCGUUUCUUUGCGAUUUUCUCACGGCGAGGGUCAUGUUUUGUAUUGUGCUGAGAGAAAAGUCAAAACUGCUGAGUACUAUGAUGCUGACCUGGAAUGGGACAACGAUGAGAAGAUUCUGGAAAGUAAU